AUGUGGUUCCUCAGAGACGUCCUCGGAUGCUCCCCGAGCAAGGAGAAGGGCUCGGACGACGCCGCAGACGACGCGGUGCCGUCGUGCGUCCCCACGAAGAAAAUCGUCGUCAUCGUGAACAAGCGCAGCGGCUCGCAGAUGGGCAUCACGCUCGCGCGGAAGCUCGCGGAGGCGAAGUGCGGCGUGAUAUACCUGGACGAGUACCUCAAACGACGCGACGCUCUCAUGUCCACGCUCGCGACGAUGGUCCGAGCGCACCGCGGCGGCGACGGCUUACGGUUCGUCGCCGCGGGCGGCGACGGCACCGUGUCGUGGGUCGCGGAGCUCGUCGCGGAGGCGUCGCGGCGCGCGGGGACAAAAAACGUUCCACCGAUAGCCGUUUUAUCGUUAGGCACCGGAAACGAGCUCGCGAGGGUCACCGGCUGGGGCGGCACGUUCACCGGCGCGGAAAGUUUAGCGACGUUCGCGCGCGACGUCGCCGGCGGUAGAGUCGUCGGCGUGGACUCGUGGCUGUGGGAGGCGACGCCAAUGCGCGUGGGGCACGAUCAGCUCGAGCGCGGGCAGGCGCUCGCGUCGCCGCGAGGAGGCGGCGACUUGGGGCGCGGCGGAGCCGGACACAGGAGAGGCGGGUUCGGGGAAAACGGCGUCGGAUUCGGCAGCGUCGUGACGUUAAACUCGUACCUGGAAGACGGCGUAGAGGAGGGCGACGCCGCGGGCGCGCGAUCCGGCGAGAGACACGGCGGCUACGGCGACUGUUCGAACGGCGACGGCGGGAUGCGGAACUCGAACUCGCGGCCGAGCCUUCGAGCGAUCGCGGAGAGCCCGGAGCGGCCGGGAAGGAAGGGCGGACGAGGUAAAGAGCGAGUGCGGUACUCGCACGACAUCGCGAGGGCGAUCGCGAUGGAGAGCGACGAUCUGCCGCACCUGCCCGACCCGCUGUUCGCGCCGCCGCCGAUGACGCCCCCGGGAGCGAAGGCGAUGAAGACGGAUAAGCUUAAGAAGAAUCAUCGCGGUCACGGGAGGGACGCGAACGGCGGCGGCGGCGGCGGCGGCGGGGACGGGGACCGAAGAGGGGAUUUUGACUCGAGCGGGGCGCGCGGCAAACGCGCGUCGUCGUCGUCGUCGUCGUCGCGCGGCGACCGGUCCAACGCCGCCGCCGCCGCGGACCGCGGCGGGAGCAGCGAGCGGCGAAGCAUUCAGCGCGUCCUCAGCGGCGGCGACUUCCACGGCCCCGCGAUCAACGGCGUCGGGUUCGGUCGCAAGGUUCGAUCGAGAGCGUCCAUCGGAAACUCGAUCGAUUUCGACGCCGCCGGGUUCGGCUUCGAGGCGGACUCCAGCGAUGAAGACGAGUCGCGAGACGACUCCGCGUCCGACGCGGACGAGCUUCGCGACGACGUCGUCGGCGCGGUCACGAAGACGUCCGUGUGCUUCUUCAGCGUCGGCUUCGACGCGUCGAUCGCGAUGCAGUUCCACCAACUCCGCGAGCGAACCCCCGCGUGCUCCGACAGCGUCACCAAGGUGGUCGCCGGACACGCGUGGCUGGGCAUCACGGAGCUCCUCUCGCGCCGGAAAUACAUCCGCCCCGGCGUGGUCACGCUUCGCGUGGACGGCGUCGAGGUGGCCGUGCCAUCGCGAGCGCGCGCGAUCCAGUGCUUCAACAUUCACUCCUCCGCGACGGGGAUCGACUUUUUCGGAUGCGGGCAGCCGUCGAGCGCGGACGAGCUUCGCGACUACGUCGAACCCAACAUCGGCGACGGGCUCGUCGAGGUGGUCGCCACGUACGGCGUCGGACACCUGAGCGCGAUACGGAUGGGGUUCGCGCACUCGCACCGGCUCGCGCAGGGGCGGGUCGUGGAGUUGGAGUUAAGAGAGGCGUUGCCGGUGCAGGUGGACGGCGAGCCGUGGCUGCAGCCGCCGGCGAUCGUGCGGCUGUCUUCGCAAGGGAAGAUUCCGUUCGUGCUCGGGAGAGGGGUCACGCUGAACGUGCCGAAGGCGACGCACAAGAGGCGGGCGAGCGUCGCGACGGACCAGGUUCAGGGGGGGGACGACGAGUCGUACGGCGCGACGACGUAG